CUGAUAUAUAUAGAUAAAAGCAAACUGCAUCUAGACCUCACUGUUCCAACAUGAUUUGGCUCGUGGCUGUCCUGUCCUGCAUCGGGCUGAUUUGUGCUGAGGCACCCUUCAACCAUAAUGUCCACAAUCAGAGGGUCAUAGGAGGCCAUGAUGCUAAACCCAACACCUGGAAAUGGCAGGUCUCUCUGCAGUUUGACUCAUACAAUGACGGCUCAUACUACCACAUGUGUGGAGGCACAAUUGUUGAUAGUUUCUUUGUCAUGACUGCAGCUCACUGUAUCCUCAGCAUGGAUGCUAGUCUGUACCGUGUGGUGGUGGGUGAUUAUAACCUGUAUGAGUAUGACGGCAGCGAGCAGUUCAUCCAUGUGGAGAGGAUUACUGUCCAUCCUAAAUGGAAUGGAGAUCUUGCCAAAGGAAAUGAUAUUGCUCUCUUGAGACUGGCUAAUCCUGUGUAUGACAAUGGCUACGUGGCUAUCGCUGAACUUCCCCACCCUGGCCAGAUACUGCCUAAUGGUUUCACCUGUUACAUCACCGGCUGGGGGCUUAUGGACUACGUAGGGAGCAUCCCUGCCAUCCUACAGGUGGCUCCCAUCAAUGUGGUAUCACAUUCAGUCUGCUCCCAGCCUAACUGGUGGGGCAGCAUUGCUCUGAAAACUAUGGUGUGUGCAGGAGGGGAUGGAAUUGUAUCAGGUUGCCAGGGCGACUCUGGAGGUCCCCUGAACUGCUUCACUGACGGAGCUUGGAGAGUGUUCGGUGUUGUCAGCUAUGGUCCAUCGGGCUUUUGCAACCAAGUGACUAAACCCACCGUCUUCACCGGGGUCUCUUCCUUCCAAGACUGGAUCUUUUCAGUUAUACAGAGUCUUUAG